AUGCGUGCGGCAGCACGCCUCCUGGCGGAUCAUCUUGAGAAACAACAUGAGGGAAGCCAACGUGGCAGCAUGAGGAGCAGUGGCAGACCUGUCAGCUUUCUCAUCAGAGGCGAGGAGAUCAGCCAUGCCGAGUUUCUGCGUUACUUUCGAAGAAAGAAGAUCAAUGACCCGGUCAAAUGGGUCAAGGAAAAUACAACAGAGGAUUCCGGCUCGGAUGAGGAUAUCAAAUUGCUAGGCGCCGUCACGCCCGAAUCGGCCUCUGCAGGGAAUGCUGUCCACGAUGUGCAUGAUAUUGUGGACCUUGACCAGGCUGAGGUAGAGACCAACCCAGGACGAGGGCAACCGGUACAGGAAGCUGCGGACGUCGUCGAUGAGACCCAAUGGGAUGCAUUUCAGGAGGCACCCUCCACGUCGACAUUAACGCCAAUCCUCUUCAGACCUCAAGCAUUCCAAGCUCUAGAGCAUUCGAACUACAGCAUGGCAACAUAUAUAACCAGCUAUACGUCCUCACCACGCUCACUCACGCAUGUCGAACCAGCCGUGCACGCAUAUACCGUCCAUGCAGUGUUUGCCUCCAAGAUGGCUGACGGCAUGGCCCUGCUCGUCCGUCUACCACGACAGACCAGUAAAACAAUGUCCCAAUCAAGCAGCGAGCAAUGCAAAGAGAACAACGACCAACUCCAAGCCCAGACAGCAGCACAAGCAUUCGACAAUUUCCAACAUGCCUUCGAACUGGUCCGUACCAUCUUGAGCAACGACCAUCCCAUGAGCCUGGCAUUGAUGCUCAGCACGGUUUGCGAACUGGUCAGCCACGCGAACAUGCGCACCUCCAACAGCCAUGAAGCAGACCAGCAGCCAGGAAACCUUUUCUGGACCAUGACAGCCCAACUGCUUCAAUAUACUCGGGACAUGGCGUCCCUUGUACUGGGUAGUGGUCACGCACUGACGACAUUUUUCGCACUGUUGGCACAACAAUCUUCAUUUCUAUCACAGUCACUCCAUCUUUCUCACUCCAGCAACAACGGUAACGGUAACGGCAGACUACAAUCAGAGAUGCAAUCGAACCUGACAAACCUGAUCGUCACGGCUCUCCGAGUUGCUACCGUGCAGUAUAUUUCCACAACUCCUAGCAGCGGUGGUGCAAACCAAGACUGGAAGACGAUGUAUCUUCGAGAAAGGUUCUGCGAUAGCUUGUACCAUUCAGGAUCCCCUUUCGCCCCUGAACGCGUCCAGCAGCGCCGUCUUCUUCUCGACGACCAAGAGCGCUUUUAUGGUCUUUCCGCGCGCAAUGUGCUGUAUACGCUGACCAACGUGGCUGAUGAUGCCCUGGUGGAUGGUGACAUCGAGGCCGCCAUAGGCCAUUUCCAGGAAGUGUUGAGCCGCGCAGAGACGUUGACAGACUAUGGUCGCGCGAAGACGAGGUUCGCCGCUCUAGAGGGAUUGGGGAAAUGUUACAUGGCUCGGGCAGAGGCAGAGGCAGAAGCAGAAGCAGACAAUCAGAGCGACAUGGUCGACGACGAAUGGGUGAUGGAUUUCCCAAUCGAGGAUGAAGACCUACUGGCGCCGCGGUCGAUGAUACAGGGCCCGGCUCAGGAUCCGGUCAAUCCGACAUCUGGACCGGGCCUGGAUGCACAGAGUCAGCCCAACACCGAUUUCGGAUGGCAAGGUGAAACAGAAGUUCGAUUUCGAGCUUCAAAUGAUAUGGAGGCUGAGCUAGCCUUGGAUUUGGGCUUGGGUUUGGGCUUCGAUUCACAAGUCCCAAAUCCCAGCCAAACCGGAUGGGAACUGGAACUGGGAGUGGAACAAGAUCUUCAGCACAGUGGCAGCGGUGCUCCGACGAAAGAACAGCAUGGAGAAGACUAUGUCGCACAAGGCUUCAACUUCGUAGAUGGAUUCCCAGUCGAAGAGGCAACUACGAACGUCCACGACAAUGACAAUGCCUUUGAGACAUGCCAGACACUCUACAACAACGACAACGACAUCGGCAUCGUCACCGCUGCGCAGCAAGAAACAGCUCCACAUCCCGUUUCAGCACCUGUCGACAUCAGCAAGCCCGGACUGGAAGCAUGCUGUGUUUGUACAUGUACUUGUGCAUGCCAUUCACUAUCUCAUCCCAUUCCCGGCAAUACGCAUCUCCGGUCCCAUUCUCAUCCUCAACCUCAUUCUCAACCUCGACCAGAACCAGCUGAACCCAUGAAUUCACAAUGGUCAGGUGAAAGUAGCAGCAGCAAUGCUGGUACCGGAGCCGUGACGCCAUCUACUUCGGCUUCGGCUUCGGCUUCACGGUCAUCUUCGUCUUCGAAGUCGUCGUCGAAUGGUCCUUAUCGACAUCCACACCAGCAGCAGCAGCAGCACUAUCAAUAUCAAAAUCAAAAUCCACACAAUAGUCAAGGACUAGAUACUGCGCAAGCUACACAGCAGCAGCAGCACUUGUCCAAUUUAGUACUCCAGGACCGGGAUCCGAACCAGAACCAGAACCAGAACCAGAACCAAGAUGAAGGGUCCUAUUAUCGUCUUCCCUUUCGUCAAUCUCAAGUGCACAGAAACCUAGAUUCUGAGAAACAGCAACAACAACAGAAACAACAACAGAAACAACACUUACUUCUACUUCAACAACAGCAACAAAAGCAACAAGAACGGAAAACACGACAAGAACAGCCCUUACGUCAAGCACUGACCCAUCUCUCCGCCGCCGAAGCAGAAGCACGUAUCUGGUUCGACGCGACGAGUCGGCGAACGGCGCGAGUUCGAGUCAAGAUCGAGGAGAUCCGAGACAUACUGGGGGAAACACCUGUGGAAAACCUCAGGUGA